AUGGUACUGCUGGCCCUGUUGUCCUGUCUGAUUUUGCUAUGGUUUGUUUGGACUGAAAUGGCAAAUUCUCAGCCCAUUAACCAGCUAAAUUCAGAGACUGAGAGAUCCAGUCCAGAACUGCCAGCAGCCUCUGAAGACAAAGAGCAACCUUCAAAGGGAUCAACAUGCCAACUGCAGGAGAGGGCUGUAACAGCACUCCAGUCCACAGGGCCUGCUCAGACUUUACCGACCUCUGGACAAGUGUUUGUGGAUGCCUUUCAGCAAGCAGCAAGUAUGCUUUGGCAACACAAACUUCCAAAUCUCCCUUCUUCCCUUGACGUGUCAGCGCCGGCACAAGAUGUUCCAGCAAACAGUUUAACAGGGCCUUUAUAUCAAGUUCCACUUCCUUCAUUAAAGCAGCAGAUGAAGCUAAAGAAGUCCAUCUCCAGUGGAAAACAGGAGCAGUUUAUAGAAAACACUCAGGUACAGCUCAAAAGGCAAGCAAUGGCAAAAUUUGUCCUGGGCUCUUUUGAAGAUAACUCGUCUGAUGAUGAGCUGGUAUCUGGAUCUUUUAAAGUCACUAGCAGAAGUAGCGUGGUGAGCGUUGGUUCCUCCUCCUCUUUCGAGUCUUUUUCGCUAAUAUCACUGUCAGAGUCUGGAUCUUCUUCCACAACCAUGAGGUCUAGCAUGUCAGGACUGCACCUGGUCAAGAGAGACCGAGAGCAGAAGAAGCUGGAUCUCCAGAGGGAUUUCACUGUUGCCUCACCUGCUGAGUUUGUGACUCGUUUUGGGGGGAACCGCAUUAUUGAAAAGGUUCUGAUUGCAAAUAAUGGCAUUGCUGCUGUGAAGUGCAUGCGCUCCAUCCGCAGGUGGGCCUACGAAAUGUUCAGAAAUGAGCGAGCAAUUCGAUUUGUCGUCAUGGUUACACCUGAAGAUCUUAAAGCAAAUGCAGAGUACAUCAAAAUGGCUGAUCACUAUGUUCCUGUCCCUGGGGGAGCCAACAACAACAACUAUGCCAACGUAGAGCUGAUUGUGGAUAUUUCCAAGAGGAUUCCAGUACAGGCCGUGUGGGCUGGCUGGGGCCAUGCUUCUGAAAACCCUAAGCUUCCGGAACUGCUGCAGAAACAUGGGGUGGCUUUCCUAGGUCCUCCCAGUGAAGCCAUGUGGGCUUUGGGAGAUAAAGUGGCUUCCACCAUUGUAGCCCAGACUGUCCAGAUCCCCACGUUGCCGUGGAGUGGAAGUGGUCUCAUGGCAAAAUGGACGGAGGAGGAUUGUGAGCAGCGGAGAACAAUCAGCGUCUCCCUGGAGACUUAUGCACGAGGCUGUGUAAAGGAUGUGGAUGAAGGCCUAGAGGCAGCCGAGAGGAUUGGCUAUCCUGUGAUGAUAAAGGCUUCGGAAGGCGGCGGUGGCAAAGGAAUCCGGAAAGCAGAGACCACAGAGGAAUUCACUGGCUGCUUCAGACAAGUACAGAGCGAGGCCCCAGGGUCCCCCAUCUUUGUGAUGAAAUUAGCCCAGCACGCCCGGCACCUGGAGGUGCAGGUCCUUGCCGAUCAGUACGGGAGCGCGGUUUCGUUGUUUGGCCGAGACUGCUCCCUACAGCGCAGGCAUCAGAAAAUAAUUGAAGAGGCACCAGUGACGGUAGCAGCUCCCUCCAUGUUUGACUUUAUGGAGCAGUGCGCAGUACGCCUUGCAAAGAUGGUGGGCUAUGUGAGUGCAGGGACAGUCGAAUACCUCUAUAGUGAAGAUGGGGGCUUCCACUUUCUGGAGUUAAAUCCCCGCCUGCAAGUGGAACAUCCUUGCACAGAAAUGAUUGCUGAUGUGAACUUACCUGCGGCUCAGCUACAGAUUGCAAUGGGUGUCCCCUUGCACAGAAUAAAAGACAUCCGAGUGCUGUAUGGAGAGUCGCCAUGGGCUGAUACACCCAUCUGCUUUGAGAGCCCUGCGAAUAUCCCAGUGCCCAGAGGCCAUGUCAUUGCUGCUAGAGUCACCAGUGAAAACCCUGAUGAGGGGUUCAAGCCAAGCUCAGGGACAGUGCAGGAGCUGAAUUUCCGUAGCAGCAAGAACGUUUGGGGUUAUUUCAGUGUGGCAGCUGCUGGCGGUUUGCACGAAUUUGCUGAUUCGCAGUUUGGGCACUGUUUCUCCUGGGGAGAGAACCGCGAGGAGGCCAUCUCGAAUAUGGUUGUGGCGCUGAAAGAGCUGUCUAUCCGAGGGGAUUUCAGAACAACAGUCGAGUACCUGAUUAAGCUGCUGGAGACUGAGAGCUUUCAGAACAAUGAGAUAGAUACUGGCUGGCUGGACCACCUGAUUGCUGAGAAAGUGCAGGCCGAAAAGCCAGACACCAUGCUGGGCGUGGUUUGCGGUGCUCUGAAUGUAGCAGAUGCCCUGUUUAGGAUUUGUAUGACCGACUUCCUGCAUUCACUUGAAAGGGGCCAAGUUCUGCCAGCGGGUUCCCUGCUGAACAUUGUAGAAGUGGAGCUUAUUUAUGAAGGUGUGAAGUAUGCACUCAAGGUUGCCCGUCAGUCUCUGACAACUUAUGUCAUUAUAAUGAAUAACACUCACAUUGAGAUAGACGUGCACAGGUUGAACGAUGGCGGCAUGCUGCUUUCCUAUGAUGGUAACAGUUACACAACGUACAUGAAAGAAGAAGUUGACUGCUACCGAAUCACCAUUGGUAACAAAACGUGUGACUUUGAAAAGGAGAACGAUCCGACUGUGCUGAGAUCGCCCUCUGCUGGGAAACUGCUGAAGUACACGGUAGAAGAUGGUGGCCAUAUCUUCAUAGGCCACAGUUUUGCAGAGAUAGAGGUGAUGAAAAUGAUUUUGGCCCUGGUGGUGAAGGAAUCUGGCCAUAUACAUUAUAUAAAACGGCCAGGAGCAUUGCUGGAGGCAGGCUGUGUCUUAGCUAGACUCGACUUAGAUGAUCCUACCAAAGUGCACCCGGCCCAGUUGUAUACAGGUGGCCUCCCCACCCAGCAGAUGUUGCCAAUCGGUGGCCUGAAGCUGCACCAAGUCUUUCACAGUGUCCUGUCAAAUCUGAUCAAUGUCAUGAAUGGGUACUGCUUGCCAGAGCCAUAUUUCAGUGCAAAAAUGAAAGAAUGGGUUUGUGAGCUGAUGAAGACGCUCCGGGACCCCUCCCUGCCUCUUCUGGAGCUGCAGGAGAUCAUGACCAACGUGUCUGGCAGAAUCCCACCGUCAGUGGAGAAAUCCAUUCGAAAAGUGAUGGCACAAUACGCUAGUAACAUCACCUCGGUGCUGUGUCAGUUUCCCAGUCAGCAGAUCGCUAGCAUACUGGACAGCCAUGCGGCCAGUUUGCAGAGGAAGGCAGACCGGGAAGUCUUCUUCAUGAACACUCAGAGCAUUAUGCAGCUAGUUCAGAGGUACCGCAGCGGCAUUCGGGGUUACAUGAAAUCUGUCGUGUUAGACUUGCUGAGAAGAUACUUGCAAGUGGAAACCCAGUUCCAACAAGCCCACUAUGACAAAUGUGUGAUCAACCUGAGGGAGCAGUACAAAUUGGACAUGACUCUGGUGCUCGAGUGCAUCUUCUCUCAUGCCCAGGUGGCAAAGAAGAAUCUGCUGGUGAUCAUGUUAAUUGACCAGCUGUGUGGUCGAGACUCCACCAUGACGGAGGAGCUGAUGUCCAUUCUCAAUGAGCUAACACAGCUCAGUAAAACGGAGCACUCCAAAGUGGCUUUGCGAGCCAGACAGGUUUUGAUUGCCUCUCACCUCCCUUCUUAUGAACUGAGACACAAUCAGGUGGAGUCCAUAUUCCUGUCUGCUAUUGAUGUGUACAGCCACCAGUUCUGCCCUGAAAACCUAAAGAAACUGAUCCUCUCAGAAACCACCAUCUUUGAUGUGCUCCCCACCUUCUUCUACCACUCCAACCAGCUGGUGCGCAUGGCAGCUCUGGAGGUGUACGUGAGGAGAGGAUAUAUCGCCUAUGAACUAAACAGCCUGCAGCAUCGUCAGCUCUCAGAUGGCACGUGUGUGGUAGAGUUUCAGUUUAUGUUGCCAUCAUCACAUCCAAAUAGAAUGUCUAUCCCGAUCAGCGUAUCGAACCCUGACUUAGCCAGACAUAGCACCGAGCUGUUCAUGGACAGCGGCUUUUCUCCUCUGUGUCAGAGAAUGGGAGCCAUGGUUGCUUUUGACAGAUUUGAAGAUUUCACAAGGAAUUUUGAUGAAGUGAUCUCCUGCUUUGCCGAUCCGCCCUCAGAGAGUCCCCUGUUCAGCGAGGCGCGAUCCACGCUCUACGAAGAAGAGGACAAUAAGAACGUCCAAGAGGAGCCCAUCCACAUCCUGAACAUAGUCAUCCGAUGGGCUGACCACCUUGAGGAUGAGGAGCUGGUGCCAGUCUUCAGAACCUUUGCUCAGUCGAAGAAAAACAUCCUUGUUGACUGUGGCCUUCGGAGAAUCACAUUUUUAAUUGUGCAGAAGAGUGAAUUUCCAAAGUUUUUUAUUAGAGCAAGAGAUGAGUUUGCAGAAGACCGCAUUUACCGGCACUUGGAACCAGCCCUGGCCUUCCAGCUGGAGCUGAAUCGGAUGCGUAACUUUGACCUGACUGCUGUCCCCUGUGCCAACCACAGGAUGCAUCUCUAUCUAGGGGCUGCCAAAGUGGAAGAGGGCAAUGAAGUUACUGACUACAGGUUUUUCAUACGAGCCAUUAUAAGACACUCUGAUCUCAUCACUAAGGAGGCCUCCUUUGAAUACCUGCAGAACGAGGGUGAACGGUUACUCCUGGAAGCAAUGGAUGAGUUGGAAGUGGCCUUCAGCAACACCAGUGUCCGCACUGACUGUAACCAUAUCUUCCUCAACUUUGUGCCUACUGUCAUCAUGGAUCCGUCCAAGAUCGAGGAGGCUGUCCGCUCCAUGGUGAUGCGCUACGGCAGCAGGUUGUGGAAACUCCGGGUCCUGCAAGCUGAAGUGAAGAUCAACAUCCGUUUGUCUCCUGUUGGCAAAGCCAUUCCUAUCCGCCUCUUCCUGACCAAUGAGUCCGGCUACUACCUGGAUAUUAGUCUCUACAAAGAAGUGAAUGAUCCCAGGACUGGGAAUAUUAUGUUUCACUCUUAUGGGGAUAAGCAAGGGCUGCAGCAUGGGAUGCUGAUUAACACACCAUAUGUUACCAAGGACCUGCUCCAGUCAAAGCGCUUCCAGGCACAGUCGCUAGGCACUACCUAUGUGUAUGACUUCCCUGAAAUGUUCAAGCAGGCUCUCUUUAAAUUGUGGGGCUCUACAGAAAUGUACCCCAAAGAUGUUCUAACCUACACUGAGUUAGUGUUGGAUUCCCAGGGGCAGCUGGUGGAGAUGAACAGGAUACCUGGAGGAAAUGAGGUUGGGAUGGUUGCUUUCAAAAUGAAGCUGAAAACCCCUGAGUAUCCCAGAGGCCGAGACAUCAUUGUUAUCAGCAACGACAUCACCUACAAGAUUGGCUCCUUUGGGCCCGAGGAGGAUCUGCUCUUCCUGCGAGCGUCACAGCUGGCCCGCUCGGAAGGCAUCCCACAAAUCUACAUUGCAGCGAACAGUGGGGCACGGAUAGGGUUUGCAGAUGAGAUAAAGCACAUGUUCCAGGUAGCCUGGGAUCCCAGGGAUCCCUACAAGGGGUUCAAGUACUUGUACCUGACACCACAGGAUUACACGAGGAUCAGCUCUGUGAACUCCGUGCACUGUGAGCAUGUAGAGGAAGGAGGAGAGUCCAGGUAUGUCCUAACUGAUAUCAUUGGUAAAGAUGAAGGGUUCGGUGUGGAGAACCUGAGAGCAUCUGGUACCAUUGCUGGGGAGUCCUCCAUUGCUUAUGAUGAAAUUGUGACCAUUAGCAUGGUGACGUGUCGUGCCAUUGGAAUUGGCGCUUACCUGGUGAGGCUAGGGCAGCGAGUGAUACAGGUGGAGAAUUCCCACAUCAUCCUCACUGGGGCUAGUGCUUUAAAUAAGGUCCUGGGGCGUGAGGUCUACACAUCCAAUAACCAGCUCGGAGGCGUGCAGAUCAUGCAUAAUAAUGGUGUUUCCCAUGUGACUGUCCCAGAUGACUUUGAGGGUGUCUACACCAUCUUACAGUGGCUUUCGUAUAUGCCAAAGGACAAUCGUAGCCCAGUGCCUGUUACUGCUACAAGUGACCCCAUUGAAAGAGAAAUUGAUUUUGUCCCUUCCAAAGCCCCCUACGACCCCAGAUGGAUGCUGGCAGGAAGACCACAUCCAAUUGUUAAGGGAACCUGGCAGAGCGGCUUCUUUGAUCAUGGCACUUUCAUGGAGAUCAUGCAGCCCUGGGCACAGACGGUUGUAGUUGGCAGAGCAAGGUUGGGAGGGAUCCCCAUUGGUGUGGUAGCUGUGGAGACGCGGAGUGUGGAGAUGGCAAUACCAGCUGACCCUGCAAACCCGGAUUCUGAAGCAAAGAUAGUCCAGCAGGCUGGGCAGGUGUGGUUCCCAGAUUCAGCUUUUAAAACUGCCCAGGCUAUAAGGGACUUCGACCGAGAGCGGCUCCCUCUCUUGAUCUUUGCAAACUGGAGGGGAUUCUCCGGUGGCAUGAAAGACAUGUACGAUCAGGUGCUGAAGUUCGGUGCGUAUAUUGUUGAUAGCCUCAGGCAGUUUAAACAGCCUGUUCUUGUCUACAUCCCCCCACAUGCCGAGCUAAGAGGAGGGUCCUGGGUAGUAAUUGAUCCAACAAUCAACCCUGUGUACAUGGAGCUUUAUGCAGACAAGGAGAGCAGGGGAGGCAUUUUAGAAGCUGAAGGAACAGUGGAAAUUAAAUUCAGAAGGAAGGAUUUGAUAAAGACCAUGAGAAGAAUUGAUUCAGUCUGUGCUAAACUUGUUGAACAGUUGGGUACCCCAGAACUCCUAGAAAAGGAUCACAGAGAGCUGGAGAAGCAGCUGAAAGCUCGGGAAGAGCUCAUGUUACCCAUCUUCCACCAGGUGGCAGUGCAGUUUGCUGACCUUCACGACACGCCAGGAAGAAUGCACGAGAAGGGCGUUAUUACAGAUAUCCUUGAGUGGAAGAAUGCCCGCACGUUCUUAUACUGGCGUCUGCGGCGCCUCCUCUUGGAGGAAGCAGUGAAAACGGAGAUUCUGAAUGCGGACAGUGAGCUCAGCAACAUUCACAUCCAGUCCAUGCUGCGCCGCUGGUUCAUGGAGACGGAAGGAGCUGUGAAGGGCUAUCUCUGGGACAAUAACCAGGUGGUGGUGGAAUGGCUGGAGAAACACUUGAAAGAAGAGGAGGGUUCCCGAUCAGCCAUUCGAGAAAACAUCAAAUAUCUGAAACGGGAUUACACCCUCAGACAUAUCCGGGCCUUGGUUCAAGCAAACCCAGAGGUGGCCCUGGACUGCGUGAUUCACAUGACUCAGCACAUCACCCGUGCACAGAGGGCCCAGAUAGCUCAUCUCUUAUCUACCAUGGAUAACGCCCCCCCUUCUUGACAGAGAGGCCACAGGUGGGGGUUCCAGGUGCAAUCUCUAUAGACAAGGAAGUGCACAGAGAGACCACUCCUUUGAGACCAGAUGUCUUCUUGUCUGCAUGUAUUCGACCCUAGUGUUGAAGCCUUAGACUCUACUGAUGUCUCUCAAUAAAUGAUGCAUUUGUUGCAUUUUCUACCAUGAAAAUAGUCGUUCUGUGAAGACCAUGUUCAUCCUGGACUUGUGGGGACAAUUAAAAAACCAAAUCCAUUACAGUGGCAUUUUUGUGGGACUUAAAUUCAACCCAAAUUGACCUUGGGAGCCUUGUCUCUAGCACAAAGCCGGUAGGGAUGGGCCUCAGGGUCAUUUUAUAACUGAAUUUAAAAUCAUUUUUUUUAUUGUAAACCCAGUUCUUAAUCAUACAACGUUGAGUUACAUUUCAUUAGAAUGAAUGGAGCUGGGAGUAGAAAUCAAACUCUGUAUAAUAGCCAGAAAGAGAAAUAUUUUUGUACUAAUGUUUAUUGUUGCUGACCAUCUGCCAGCAUAAGAAGAAAAUGUUAUUUUUAAUGAACAAGAGAAAACUGUGUUUUGGAAAAACAUUCACACUAACCACAAGAAAAUCAUUGGAGAACCUCAUUGUUCCCCUGCUAUGGCAGUGUUUAGUAGAGGUGAUUAUGAAAUAGUUCUUGGAGCAUAGUCAGGGAUUUCAGGGAAGGUUUCAACAGAGCCAUACAUUUCAACCUGUCUUUCAUUUUAUUUGUGGUCAGGACACUAAGUUUGCAGCUGUUAACACUGUUUUUGGUGCAGGAUUUGUUAAACAGCCCCAGUUCUAACAAGGGAAUGAAAAGGGGCAGUUGAAUUUUCCAUCUCUUCUUUAAUUGGUGUCCCCUUCCAUUUCAUAUUGGAAUUCUUUGGAAUUAUUCCAGUGUCUGCACCUGCGUCCCAACCCACCCAUGUACACUCUAUUUGGAGUGGGGAGGGAAAGCACAUGUGGAUCUGACCUUGUCAGUGGUUAACCUGACCUGAUGAAUUAGGGUAACGUAUCACACACUUCAAACUUAGUUUAGUAAAAACAAUGAUUUAGAUCUUACUGUGCCUUGUUCUAUUGGGUAGCAUUUAACAAAUCCAUUUGCCUAAUGUAACUGCAGAAUAAUGGUGAGCCAGUCUUUUGCCAUUUUAAAAAUAAAUCCUCAGGUCAAAUAUAUCCUUCGACUGGGUUGCAUGACCUCAUGACAAUAUAUGUACUAUGUCUCACUGUAAUCUUUAAUCAUAAGAAUAAGUUAUGGCCUUAUGGGAAUAGAGUUGGUUACUUAGUUUAAAUACAGUGUUAAAGCCAUUUUUGGCAAUGUUACAGAUCCCGUCAGUUGAUUUUAAACCAAAUAAUGACAAAACCAAAGAGACGCACAGGACAGUUAUGCACGCAGUGGGCUAGGGAAUGUGUUGAAACAACUUACUAUAUGCAAUGCCAGUGGUGAGGUUUUUCCAAAAAGAAUGUAUUGUGUAUUUUAUUGAGAGGAGGGCAGCAGGAGAGACUUUAAAAGCUCCCUGAUUUGAAGGGUGUUACACCUGCACGAGUUUUGUCAGAGAGAGGAGGAUGUGUUGUUAAUAAAACUCACUGUAUGGAAGGAGGAUUGGAAAAUCCAGCCCAAGUGCUCCAAAUAAAAUGACUACAUUUUUCAGG